AUGUCCUAAGAUUUAAAAUGGAAACAAGAUAGAUUAGUGAUUCAAUCCUAAUUUAAAAAAGAGAACGAUAAAACUUGCCAUCUCUUAGGUUUUAAUAAUUAUAUUCUAUAUAUGAAAGAUCAUCAAAAAGGACCAAAGAAAUAUGUUCCUUUAGAUUUUGAGAUUAAAUUUGAAAUUUUAAGGGAUAAAGUUGUAAAAAAAAGUGAAAAUGAGGAUUCUUUGGGUUAAAUUAAAGGGAUAUGCUUAAUAAAGGAUAUAGGGAAUGACAAAAUACUAUAAGAGAGGUAUUAUGGAGAGGAAAACCUGAUUAAGCAAUGGAGAGAGUAUUUGAGCAACAGGAUAAACCAAUGGCAAUUUCACCAAAUGUUUAGAGUGUAUAAGAAAAUUGGGAAGGGAAAUUUUGCAUCAGUUUAUAUGGCAUAGAAUAUUGAGAAUGAGAAAAAUAUGGCAAUUAAAGUAUUUUCUAAGUAAGUAGCAUAUGCAGAAGAACAAGGAAAAAAGGCGAUAUUAAAUGAGUUAUAGAUCAUGAGAUAGCUGAAUCAUACACAUAUAAUGUAGAUGUACGAGGUAUACGAAACCUAAAAUUCGCUAUAUGUGGGACUUGAGUUGUUGGAAGGAGGUUCCUUGUAUGACUUGAUAAAAGAGAAGACUUUGCUCUCAACUUCUUAGAUUUAAUAAAUAAUGGUAGGUGUUUUAUAAGGGUUACAUCAUAUGCAUUAAAAAGAUAUUAUGCAUCGCGACUUGAAAUUGGAGAACAUUCUAUUUAAACAUUAAAAGAAAAUGGACUCAGUGGUUAUUGCCGAUUAUGGCUUGGCAACUAAAGUCAACGAACCUGUAUAUUUAUAUAGUAGAUGUGGCACUCCAGGCUUUGUUGCCCCAGAAGUUAUAAAUUUGAAAGAUUAGAAAGCACAUUAUAGUGAGGUUUGUGAUAUUUACAGUCUUGGACUUGUGUUCUAUAUAUUGUUGUCUGGAAAAUAAGCAUUCUCUGGUAAAAGCUAUGGAACUGUAAUUAAACAAAAUAGAGAAGCUGUAAUUAACUUUUAAAUUAAAUAAUUGCAAUAAGCUCCAAGUUCAGCUAUGGAUCUGAUGAGGAGAAUGCUUGAGAAAGAUCCAAAUAGAAGAAUUUCAGCUGCUGAUUGUUUAAAACAUCCUUUCCUUGCUGAGAUGAAUAAUUAUAUGGCAGAUGAUUCAGUUAAUGAUUCAAUAGAUGAAGAUAAUGAAUUGGGAGGAGUUGCUUCUAGAAUGAAUGCAUUGAAUGAAGAAGUCAUAAAAUUCGAUAUAUUCAGAAGAAAUGCCAUAAUGAAUUCUCCAGGUUCACCAGGAAUUGUUGAAACUUAAUAAUUAAAACAACAGAAAGUUAUAGACUCCGUAAACCAAAUUUAAAUGAAUUCUCCCUUGCUAAAUGGGAAGAUUUAAACAAUAGAUAGUUUAUCAAAUAUUGGAACUCCAAAGAUUAAAAGUUCUUUUUUUUAAUCUCCAUUGAUUAAACAUUCGCAAUUCAAACAAAUUCUACCUUAAUAAUAAAAAUAAGAUCAUCAAUUCACUUAGUAAAAAAGGUGA